AUGACGACUCGCUCGCUCCCGCCCAAUGCCGGCCACGCCUACGACUACGUCAUCGUAGGCGGUGGCACGGCCGGCUGCGUCCUCGCCGCCCGCCUCGCCACCUACCUGCCCGAGCGCAAGAUCCUCCUCAUCGAGGCCGGCCCGUCCGACUUCAAGCUCGACAACGUCCUCGACCUUCGCCAGUGGCUCACCCUGCUCGGCGGCGAGCUCGACUACGACUACGGCACCACCGAGCAGCCCAUGGGCAACUCCCACAUCCGCCACUCGCGCGCCAAGGUCCUCGGCGGCUGCUCCUCCCACAACACCCUCAUCUCCUUCCGUCCCUUCCGCCACGACAUGGAUCGCUGGGUCCAGCAGGGCUGCAAGGGCUGGGACUUUGACACCGUCGUCCGCCUCGUCGACAACCUGCGCAACACCUUCCAGCCCGUCCACGCCCGCCACCGCAAUCAGCUGUGCAAGGAUUGGGUCGAGUCCUGCUCGACGGCCCUCGACAUCCCCGUCAUCAAGGACUUCAACGCCGAGAUCCGCGAAAAGGGCCAGCUGACGGCCGGCGCCGGCUUCUUCUCCAUCUCGUACAACCCCGACGACGGCCGCCGGAGCAGCGCCUCGGUCGCCUACAUCCACCCCAUCCUCCGCGGCGAGGAGAGGCGGCCGAACCUGACGGUGCUCACCGAGGCGCACGUGUCGAGGAUCCACGUCGAGAACGAUGUGGCCACCGGCAUCAGCCUGCGCCUCGCCGGAGGCGACGAGCUCGUCCUCCACGCCCGCCGGGAGACGAUCCUGUGCGCCGGCGCCGUCGACACGCCCCGCCUGAUGCUCCACUCCGGCCUCGGACCCCGUGCCCAGCUCGAGACGCUCGGCAUCGACGUGGUCAAGGACAUCCCCGGCGUCGGCGAGAAUCUCAUCGACCACCCCGAGACCAUCAUCAUGUGGGAGCUCGAGAAGCCGGUGCCGGCCAACCAGACGACCAUGGACUCGGACGCCGGCAUCUUCUACCGCCACGAGCCCACCAACGCGGCUGGCAACGACGGCGAUGCCGCCGAUGUCAUGAUGCACUGCUACCAGAUCCCCUUCUGCCUCAACACCGAGCGCCUCGGCUACCCCGUCGUCCGGGACGGCUAUGCCUUUUGCAUGACGCCCAACAUCCCGCGCGCCCGUUCUCGCGGCCGCAUCUACCUGACCUCCAAGGACCCGGCCGUCAAGCCGGCCCUCGACUUUCGCUACUUUACCGAUCCCGAGGGCUACGACGCCGCCACCCUCGUCGCCGGCAUCAAGCUCGCCCGCAAGGUCGCCGAGAAGCGCCCCUUCAAGGACUGGCUGAAGCGGGAGGUCGCGCCGGGACCAAAGGUCCAGACCGACGAGGAGAUUAGCGAGUACGCCCGUCGCGUGGCGCACACCGUCUAUCACCCGGCCGGCACCACCAAGAUGGGCGACGUCACGAGGGACAUGUACGCCGUCGUCGACCCCGAGCUCAAGGUGCGCGGCAUCAAGUACCUGCGCAUCGCCGACGCCGGUGUCUUCCCCGAGAUGCCUUCCAUCAAUCCCAUGCUCACCGUCUUGGCCAUCGGUGAGCGGGCGGCGGAGCUGAUCGCCAUGGACGACGGAUGGAAGCUCGACUCCAAGGUGGCGAGGUUGUGA